CGAAGAGGAAGAGAGAGUCGCAGGAGGAAGAGGGAGAAUGCACAACGUCUGGCUAACUCUUCCAUGCUGGUAUCAAGGGCCUUUGUGAAUACACCAUGGGAUGCAUCGGCUCCAGGAGACUGACAGCAGAUGGCGUGCCAGUCCAGAAGGAUGGGGAGCAGCAUGGACGCUCAGAAUUUUCAUGGGAAGGAAUCAAUCUGUCCAUGGAGGACACCACGUCCAUCCUGCCGCGCCUCAAGAGGAACUCAAACGCCUACGGCAUCGGAGCUCUGGCUAAGUCUUCUCUGUCAGGUGUGUCAGGUGUGAGCCGCACCAUGAAGGAAAGAGUGACCAAACCCACGGCCAUGGCUCAGGGCCGUGUCGCGCACAUGAUCGAGUGGCAAAACUGGAGCAUGCAGACGGUGGGCCCGGGUGGCAUCCCUCAGCCCCGCAUCACCACCCAGGAGCGGGAAAAGGAGCGGCGGCUGGAGAACGACGCCUACAGCGACCUGAGCGAAGGCGAGAAGGAAGCCCGAUUUACCGCAGGCCUCCUGCAGCAGUUUGCCAUUUCAGAGGCUACACUCCUGGCCUGGUCAUCCAUGGAUGGCGAGAGCCCUAUGUCGGGGUCAAACCAAGGCAGCGUGGCCCAUCUGAGCGAAGUCAACCAGGAGAGCAUCACCAGUCGAGACCAGAUCUUGCACCACUCCUCUGCGGAAGUGUGGCCCCACACCUAUGUCUCCCAAGGACACUACUGCCUCUCUUCCUCGGACGCUUGGGAUCCCAUCAACAAUGAUUCGACUGGCGUGGCGUCUCCCCCCACCGGCUCCUACCUCUUGGGCACCGAGGGUUACGACGGGCAGGCGGCCGCUCACUUCCUGUCGCAACAGCAGCAGCAACAGCAGUUAAACCUCCAGCAGCAGAACCAACUGCAGCAGCUGCAGCAGAUCCAACAAAUGCAGCACUACCAGCAGCAGCAGCAGCUCCUGCAGUAUCAGCAACAACAGUCGCUAGAACACAGGCUGCACAGCGCCAACCACUCCUUGCAACCGACCCCCAACAGCACCAUUCACAGCCUGGUCCAACACGUGCACCCGCCUCUGGUUGACCUAUGGAACACGGGACAGAUGGAGGCCUAUCAGGUAGAGGCUGGAGGCUACAUGGGCGUGGCGGCCGUGGUGGAGCCCAGCCUCUGCGUCCCCGGCGGAGAGGAGUUAGUGGGGAAUGAGCACUCGCCACUGCUGGAGCAGCAGGAAGAAGAGGACGACAUUAAGGAUAGAGAGGUGACACUGUGUAUGGAGCCAGAGUCGGCCACAUUGACUCCGCCCACACAGCCAGGGGACACCUCCGGCGGCAGUAGUCCGGGGCAACAGCCGCAGGAGCCAAUGGCUGAGCUGAAGGCCUCCGAUGCGGCGACGUCCAUCGGCCUUACUCACACGCUACAGGAAGAGGAAGAGGGGGAGGAGGGCCAGCAGCAGCAGGAAGGGCUGGCCGCUUCCAUGGCAACCAACUGACUUCCUGGCUGUGUGAAGUGACAAAUACAAACUGACCAGCAGAGUCAGAUAUAGUAAUACAUUAUCUAUCUAUUAUUCUGUUGCUUUUCAGGUAUCAAAAACAAAAACAAAAAAAACUUUUUUUUUGCAAGAUGGACUGAAAAGCGGACUGAAGGAAGACCUGAUGCAACAAACUUUGUAAGCCUUACAUCCCAAAGGUAAAUAAUGAAAGAAGAUGGAGGAGGAGGCGGAGCUACACAAACAUUACCACCAGGGA